AUGCAGUUCUCCAGCAUCAUGAUUGCCGCCGCUGGCGCCUCGGUCGCCGCUGCUCAGGACUACGCUCCUCCUGCUCCUGCUCUGGAUACCACAACACUCACCUCAACCACUACCCGGGUUAUCACUCUUACUCAGUGCAACCCUACUGUGACCGACUGCCCCCUUCGUACCACAACCUCGACCGAGGUUGUUGUUACCACUUCGACUGCUGAGCCCGAGGUUCCUACCACCUCUGUCUACGUUCCCCCUACCACCAGCGUCUACGAGCCUGUGGUCAACACCACCAGCCACGAGCUUCCCACUAUCAUCAGCACUCCUACCAUCAGCACCACCAAGAAGGCUCCCUCUGCCAAGACAACCUUCUACCCUGCUGGCAACACUACCACCAAGGCUGGCCCUACUGCUCCUGGCUCUUACACUUCCACCAAGCUCCCCGUCCCUGGCAGCAGUACCGAUGUUCCCGCCAACCCUGGAAAGCCUGGCUAUGAGGCCCCUAGCCCUUCCACUGUGCCUACCGCCGGUGCCAGUGGUCUCAUUGCCUCUUCAGGCUUCGUCGGUGCUGCCAUGGUCGCUGCCAUGGUUGCUCUCUUCUAG